GAAAACAUUGCUAUUUUACACCGUGUGAUCUGAUCGUUAUCCAGUCACACCCAUAUCUCAAGUUGAUUGUCCCACCAUUUAUAAGUUGGGUCAGUGAUUGUAUUACAUCAGUACAUUUUGCGAGCUUACGACGACGCCUAUAUCGUUAGAAGAUACAAUCAUGUCUGUACCAAAGGUGACCAUCAACGACCUUUCCGAUGCCAUCGAGGCAGCAAAAGAUCCCAAGGUUAAGACUGUUUUAGAGGGAAUUCUUAAUGACUGGAUGGAUCUUCAAUACGGCAAGAGUACACCAUACACAACGGGAAAGACAGUGCUUCCAGUCGGUUCAACAAUAGGAGAUGUAGAAACGGCAGUAAACAGUGAUGCGGAUCAGAAAUUCAAAGAUAUCUUUGGAAAAAUCUGCGAUACCUACAAAACUGGUGAUUUGACACCACAGUCUGUGAACGAUGGUAGUUGGGAUCCAAAAUUCACUCCUGUAUUCGUUUUUGUUGCUAGUAAUCCUUAGAUAUAUUUGUCAUUAGUUUAUAAGUUAUUUUUAUGAUUAAUAUAAUAAAGGAUAGUUUAUA